AGAUAGAUAAAUAGAAAAAUAAAUAGAUAGAUAGAUAGAUAGAUAGACAGACAGACAGACAGGGUCUUUAAUAAACUUUUAAUCUUUAAUAAACAUGAACAUGUUCAGAGUAAAGAGAGAAGACACGUGACACAUUUAGAGACUCACGCACCAUUUGGCCUGAUGUGGAAUAAACACAAAGCCUCUCUCUCUCUCUCUCUCUCUCUCUCUCUCUACAGGGGGCAGGGGCCCGUUUACGUGCUUUGAGCCCGUUUUGUUUUAAGUGGAGGUGCUAAACACCUUCCCCCUGAGAUAAAAGAUGAUUAAUACCUUUGAAUGAGGGCCGCUUAGUGGCUCAAAGUCCCUUAAGUACUUAAUUAGUGAAAGGAUGGGCCUGACAGCACACACGAGCAGAGCGUUCUCACAGUCAGAGACAGUCGGGUGAGGAGGUGUUUCUGAGAUGCUCUUUGAUCUGCUUCCCUCCUAACAGCAGGCAUUAGAGUGAUGGAAAUUUGAUUAGUUCUCUCCCGUUCACCUAACACCGCUCACGAGCAUUUAACCAGGGACACUCGUGGAUGCCGGUAUAAAUAUCCCAGAGGAACAGGACUGAAGGGACAGACCUGACGUGGUGUGUGUGAAGAACAUGACGAUGGAUUUACAGCCGCUGUUCGUGUUUCUUCUGCUCUGCGCCGUCCAUCAGACCUUCACAGCUGUUUUAGGUAAAAACACAGAUUCCAGAAACCUGUUCACAGAGAGAGCCUGCUGCAGACGCCAGAGUCACGUCAUCUACAUCGGCAAAGAUAUUUCUGGCAGUCCAGUGAAUGUUGAUGUGGGCGUGUGCAGAACGCACUGUGGCCAAUCAGCGCGUGGUACGUCGUUGGAGGCGGGGCUAAGGGCUUCCAAAUAUUCCUCAAUGCUCGAUUUCCUGCGACACAAAAAGAUGAGGCGUCUGGAUCCAUCAUCAUCAUCAUCCUCAGACCCCAUGAGCGGUUCCCCGUCCUGCGGAUUGAGCUCCAGCUGUGAGCCGGCCGGGGUUCGUGUGGACCGAGUGAUGCUGUAUGAAGGUCUGCGGGAGGUUGAGAUCAUUGAGGACUGUCACUGCGAAGCCAAAAUGAGCCAGUGUGUCCGAGCACCAUCGCUGAAAACAUACUACUCUGAGACCCCGUACGAGACCGUUAUAGACGCAGGCAAAUGUGUUGGAUCCAAAGGGGCACCGGAGGGAUUUUCCUGCGUUCCCACUAAGUUUGAUUCCACCCUCAUUGAAACUCCGAACAAAGUGGAGCUGAUCCAAACAGUGGCUCAAUGCAAACUGAUGGAGGGAUGUUACCGUAUCCCGUAUGUAGAGUAUCAUUACGAGAUCACGUACAACGAUGAUGGAGUCCAAGUAGAAAGUCUGAGGGAAAUAGAUGUGGGCAGAUGUUUGGGAAGCUGCACCUCAGGGAGCCGCUGUCUUCUCAGGAGUGCGUCAGAUCUCGGGGAAUGUCUGCUGUGGGCGGAAGGACAGGGCAACGCUUGUGUUCCUCAAGACUACGAGAGCCACACUUUCCCCAGUCAACACGGCCAAAUCCGCACCGUUCUGGCCAUCACUUCCUGUCUAUGUCAGUCUUAAACACAGCGCCGCCUACUGGAAGACUUCAGCGACUGCAGUGGGAACAUGAAUUGGAUCAUUUGCACAGCCCUAAUGUCUGGUUUGGGGUUGUGCAUUAAUGAACGGCAGUUUUAAGGGCAUAAUGCAAUGAUGCCGUUCAAAUAUUUCUGUAAUAUAUGUAUAUUAUGUAAAAAGUAUUUUGUAAAUAAAAUCUAU